CUCUUCACCACACCCAAUAAAAUUAUCAACUGAACAUGACGAAGCAGAAUCCUGAUUAUUCACACAAGAGUGAAACAGUUGAAGGACUAAGUACAAAGAAGUGGAAUGUAGAAUGUAAAACAACCUUAUCUUCUGUUUCCCUCUCUUCUACCAUCUUUUUUUCCUUUCUGAUCGCAACACCAGCUCCAAGGGGCGUCGUCUUUUAAAAAACGCAACUACAUGUACCUUGGCCUCGAGACUUGACAUUUCAUUGAGAAUAUAUAUAUGAGAUACAUUUCAUUGAUCUAAUAUCUGCAUUGGUUUAGUUCAUUCUCGAAGUAGUGGCUUUCAAAUAAAUCUAGCCCCCGAAUUUUCACAAUAGUGAAUUGGAUAUUGAAUGUCGCCUUUUUUCGAUUUUCACACCUGGGCAAUUAACUAUAGGUAGCUAGGUAAUGGAAAACGAUUCCUUCACACUCAAUUUGGCCGCUUGUUGCUUAGGUUUACUACCAUCGCUAAAAAGGAUAGUGCAUCCACAAUCUCGAAAAUCCGCAGAACCUUGCAAAAGGGCCAGCAAGGCCUAUUGUGUAUGCACUGUCAUUGUAUAUGUACCUCGAGAAAAGUGCCGUCAAUAAAUGCAGAUCUGUGUGCUCAUCUAUUAAACCGGGUUUGCGGUAUGGUUGGGGCUUUGAGUUUCGGGUGAGAGCAAAUAUUCACUAUUCAAUGGUUCAUUCAAACUUAGGAUUCAGAGCCACCGGGGCGGGCAACGGUCUCAGAGGGGAAAGUCGAACAAUGCAACAGCUAUUCAGAAUACAUCCUACCACUAGUGUACUAGGAUUGGUGGAGUAAGCCUCCUUCACUGGUCUGUGUAGAAGGCUCAUCUUCCUAGUUUUUAUCUGACGAUGGAGGCGGCCUAGCUGGAAUCCCCUCUGUUGGGCAAUAUCCCCUCUUUUUCUUACCUUCAUUUGGCCUAACAUUCAUAAGACUUCAAUUCGCUCAGUCAAUUCUUCCACUGUGUUAGCAAGCAAUUAUUUUGUUUUUGUUUGAGCAAAGAAAGCAGGCAUUUCGUUCAAGCAUACGAGCGGCUUCUUGAAGCAGGUUUUGCGAUAGACGCUUCAUUAUUGACUUCCUGAUACAUUGUACCUCUUAAUGAUUGCGGACGAAAAGCAGGGCUUUGGAUCCCAUUUGCCCAAUUGAAAUAGAUUCGAAUACCCAAGCUGGUUGACGGUACCGAUAAAAAUAGAGAAAGGAACAUGGCGGCGAAGCUUAAAGGACGUCCACCACGCCAGCAUAGUGCAGCGUCUCGUUCUGACGUCCGGAACGUCACCGAUCCAAUGGUGGGCCAGACAGAAUGGUCCGUUGACAAUCUUCCCGCAAUUUUAUACACUUUUAGACCGACGGCCCCUCAAGUAAGAUCGUUGAGCAACUUGCCUACGAAGCCAUCGCCUUGGGGUUCAGAACCGGAUCUGCGCGUCUUUGACAUUCUUCCGGAUAGAAUAUCAGCCAAUGUGGAAGAGUUUCGGGUUGAAGCGUGGAUGCGCCUUGAUAGGCGGAUCCAACUUCACGAUAUUACGGAUCGUAUGCACCCGGACUUUCGUAUAGCCAACAACGCGCUCCAACAGCGAGGGGUCAGGUUUCGUCAGGCUUUCAACAUUCUUUCCUGGGGGACUGGCAAUAAGCAGACUAAGAUUGUCGCAGAGCAGCUAGAGAAGAAAAUGCAAGCUAAGGGAAUUGAUAUAAGCUUGAAUUCCACCCGCGGGUUGACGCCUGGGUUAAUCGAUCCAGGCAUGGGCGAGGCUGGUGGGAGAAUUCCAGUUCCUGAGGCAUACAGGCAGCGUUUUCAUGCCUUCGCAAAAGAACAAGAGGAAUUGAUUCGGCAAGUGACAACGAUGGAGGUGCCCGUAAUGCUGUAUGACACUUCCAGAACGCAAGAGACGCGGCAAUUGGCCAUAGUUCCCCCCGGUGCGUUGCAGUAUGGAACUAUGGGCACUGAUGCUCAACCGGAGAGUGACGAUAGUGAAAUGACGGAUAUAUAUAAUAGCAGGGGAUGUGAAGAAGAGCACGAAAGUGGGUCGGAUUGGGAAGAGAGAAAGGGGCAUGAUUCGGAAGUUGUUGGCCUCCCACUUCACGACGACUGUUACCCUGGAAUUCCUUUGUACGAAGAACCAUUCGAAGUCGCGGGUCCGACAACACCGACCAAAGUUCAAGUUUCGCGAGUUCCAAUAGAACUUCUUAUGGAGCGGUAUAUUGACAUCCCAUACUGCUGGAAGCUUGAAAUGUUCAAAACAAUGGAUAAAAUCCAAGCCGUAAUGCCGCCAACCCAUCCAAACGACAUCCUCCAGGGGCAGAUUGUGGCGGACGAAUGGGAGUUAUUUCCAAUUAUUUCUGACCCCCCCUGUGACUAUCUGGACUUUAGCGACCUAGGAGACGUGCCCGCAGAAUAUGAGAAGAUGGAGAAAGCCAUGAAGUAUCAGCGAGAAUAUGGCAUUGAUAUUGACUAUUGUGAGCAGCUGCGCGAUUCGUAUGGACAGAAUUGUAUUUAAGCGAUUAGAUGAGUAGACAUUUUUGCUGCAUUACGAAUAUGCUUUCGUUAUGCAGAUGCAGAAAUUUGUCUUUGACGAGCAAUCCGUUUUUCGGAGCAUAAAAUUGUUGCGUUAUGACGAUGAUAACGAUUUGAUGACCUGACCUUUUGUUUCCUUUGACGAAAACGAAAAUGUUCCCUUCGGAUCUAGGAGCAUGUUGACAUGCUCGUGUACUUAGUUAUCUGUUAUGUUAAUGGAGACGUUGAUUUAUGUGGCGGUUGAAUACCAUCAUUUGGAGUGGGCAAAUAUGUAUUAAAUAGGUUUUAUUAUCAAAGGGUCUCACAGUCAAGGGAAAAAAAAAAAAAAAAAAAAGGAUCAAAAGAU